CACCGCCGGGUCUCCGGGGGCUGCAGCAGCGGCGGCGGCGACAGCGGCGCCGCCCGCGGUUCCCACCGGGGCCCGGGCGCCGGCCCCGCUCUGCAGGAUGGGCACGGUGCUGUCUCUUUCCCCCGCCUCCUCGGCCAAGGGCCGGAGGCCCGGCGGGCUGCCCGAAGAGAAGAAGAAAGCGCCGCCCGUGGGGGACGAGGCGCUGGGGGGCUACGGGGCGCCGCCAGCAGGCAAGGGCGGCAAAGGCGAGAGCCGACUCAAGCGGCCGUCCGUGCUCAUCUCGGCGCUUACCUGGAAGCGCCUGGUGGCCGCGUCUGCCAAGAAGAAGAAAGGCAGCAAGAAGGUGACGCCCAAGCCGGCGUCCACUGGCCCCGACCCCCUGGUCCAGCAACGCAAUCGCGAGAACCUUCUCCGCAAGGGCCGGGACCCCCCCGACGGCGGCGGCGCCACCAAGCCCCUGGCGGUGCCGGUGCCCACCGUGCCCGCGGCCGCAGCCACCUGCGAGCCGCCGUCGGGGGGCAGCGCGGCCGCCCCGCCGCCGGGUUCGGGCGGGGGCAAGCCGCCGCCGCCGCCACCCCCGGCCCCGCAGGCGGCCCCGCCGGUGCCCGGGGGCUCGCCGCGGCGGGUCAUCGUGCAGGCGUCCACCGGCGAGCUGCUGCGCUGCCUGGGCGACUUCGUGUGCCGCCGCUGCUACCGCCUCAAGGAGCUGAGCCCGGGCGAGCUGGUGGGCUGGUUCCGCGGAGUGGACCGCUCACUGCUGCUGCAGGGCUGGCAAGACCAGGCCUUCAUUACGCCCGCCAACCUGGUGUUCGUGUACCUGCUGUGCCGCGAGUCGCUGCGCGGGGAUGAGCUGGCGUCGGCCGCCGAGCUGCAGGCCGCCUUCCUCACCUGCCUCUACCUCGCCUACUCCUACAUGGGCAACGAGAUCUCCUACCCGCUCAAGCCCUUCCUCGUGGAGCCCGACAAGGAGCGCUUCUGGCAACGCUGCCUGCGCCUCAUCCAGCGGCUCAGCCCCCAGAUGCUGCGGCUCAACGCCGACCCCCACUUCUUCACGCAGGUCUUUCAAGACCUCAAGAACGAGGGCGAGGCCGCCGCCGGCGCCGGGGGUCCACCCAGCGGGGGCGCGCCCGCGGCCCCCGCCGCCGCCUCGGCCGCCAGGGACAGCUGCGCGACCGGAGCCAAGCACUGGACUAUGAACCUGGACCGCUAG